AAUCAUUGCAGCUCUCCUAUCUGCGUUUUUGUUUUUGUCGGCUGCUAACUUUAAAUGUGAAAAUGUCAGAGAAUUUGGUGUUUUAUUCCGAAAUAAAGUCCAUCCUGGAGACAGUUAUUAGGACCGCUGUUGAUAUUGGAAAUUCGAAAGAUAAAACAUCCACGAAAGAGGCUACAAUGAGACGUGAGCCAGAUUUUGACAGCGUUGUGGAAAUGUUAGCACGGGAAGCAACGAGAAAGAUCGAAGCCGUUUUUUCCCAACUGUCCUCAACGCUGCACAACGAGAACCAGACCCUGGAGGCCAGAGUGGGGUGGCUGCAGAGCGAGCUGAAGACCACCACGGAGAACUUUGAGAACGCCAGGAUGUGGAGAGAACACGUCCUGAACGGCAGCCCUGUCCUGUUCGAGCAGAGCGGCCUCAUCUACACCCUGAAGCCUUCUGGGAAGUUGAAAACUCAGAUGGAUAAAUCGACCAGGGAAGGCACAGAGACUGGACAUGAUGACACUACAGAGGGUUCUUCCACAACCCACACGGCAGAAUCAAAAACCCCUGAGAUCCAGAACACACAGGAAGCUGGAGUGAGGGGGAAAGGGAAGCAGUUUGUAUGUGGCGUCUGUAACAAGAGCUUCAGCCGGCAGUUCCAUCUGAUGAAGCACAUGAACACUCACAAGGAGCAGAGGCCUUUCUCCUGCGACCAGUGCCCCAGGAAGUUCAGGAAUACGGAGACGUUCGAGUACCACCUGCUGCGGCACGAGGAGAGGAAGUAUGCAACCCUGAAGUGCCCGCUCUGUGAGAAGACGUUCAAAACUAAAAUGCACCUGAAGACUCACCAGCUGGUGCACACGGACACAAGGCCGUUCACCUGCUCCACCUGCGGGAAGGCCUUCAAAACCAAACACAGCCUGCAGGCUCACCAGAUCGUACACUCUGUGGAGAAGCCGCACAAAUGCUCCGAGUGCGGGGAGGGCUUCAGGUACGCCUUCACGCUGCAGUGCCAUAGCAGUAUUCACACUGGGGAGCAUCCCUUCAAAUGCAUGGUGUGUGGCAAAGCUUUCAUAAAGAGGAGGUCCCUCAGUGCACACCAGCGGGGCCACCGGGGGAAAAUGUUCACAUGUGAGACGUGUGGAGCGGGAUUCACUCUGCAGCACAACCUGAGAAGACACGUCCGUAUUCACACCGGAGAGAAACCGUUCAAAUGUAAAGUCUGCGGGAAGAGCUUCAUUCAGGACAACAGGCUCAAAUCACACAUGCUUCUUCAUGGUGCCUCCAAGUCCUUCAUGUGUGACCUGUGUGGGAAGACUUUUCUGUACAACUGCCAGCUACAGAAACACCAGAGAGCGACUCACGAUGAAAGGCACGGGCAGGUCGUCAGGAGGCGAACUCGAGAGCGGGGGAACCGCAGAGUAAUCUACCGACGGGACAGAUCCACGGUGGACGUGACGCCGUUCAGCUGCAAGACCUGCCGCAAGGGCUUCGACUCGGCCGGCUCACUGAGGAGACACGAGCAGAUUCACACCGGGCAGAUGCAGUACACAUGCGACACAUGCGGAAAGUCCUUUUUCUACAAAGCUACGUACGACUACCAUCAGCGGAUCCAUACAGGAGAACGACCGUUCGGUUGUGACGUGUGCGGGAAGAGGUUCAUCAUCCCUCAGGCUCUCAAGUCCCACAAACUGCAGCACUCCGGAGAGAAACCUCACAAAUGCGAGCAGUGUGGCAAGGCCUUCAGGAUCUACACCAACCUGCUGAGACACAUGAGGGUCCACACGGGGGAGAAGCCCUACGAGUGUGAAGUUUGCGGGGUGAGGUUCAGGCAACUGGGACACGUGAAGUUUCACAUGCAGGUCCACACCGGAGAGAGGCCGUACUCCUGCAGCAGCUGUGGACUCGGGUUUUCAGAUUCACGGCUGCUAAAGAGACACAACUGUUCUGAGAAACUCCAGAAAAGUUUAGGGAACACGCUUUCUACGUCCUAAAAACAGCGCACCUGGUUAUAGUAAUGUUAAUGCAGCAGUCAUCUCUCUUACAAUGAGAGUUCCUUCAGCCAGUACUGAAAUGUAUUGGAUAUUUAAAUAAACACAUGUUAAAACCUGCAUUUAUUGCACAUCUUGCAGUGUUUUGCUGUCUGAAGAAAAUCUUUAAACCAUUUUUUAAAAAUGUAGUUCACGAGUGUCAUCAAAAUCGGACCGUGGAGGAAGCUUGAAGUGUGUGCUUGA